AUGUGGGAGUUCAGGUCCAUGUCGUUCUGGCGGGCGGUGUUCGCUGAGUUCUACGGCACCAUGUUCUUUGUGUUCUUUGGGCUUGGGGCAGCCCUCCGCUGGACCACCGGGCCACACAAUGUUCUUCAUGUUGCCUUUUGCUUUGGGCUGGCGGCCGCCACCUUCAUCCAGUCCAUCGGCCACAUCAGCGGAGGACACAUCAACCCAGCCGUCACCUUUGCCUACCUGAUUGGUUCUCAGAUGUCCCUGUUCCGUGCUUUCUUCUACAUCAUGGCUCAGUGUCUCGGAGCGCUGGCUGGUGCUGCAGUGCUCUACGGAGUCACACCCAGCAACAUGAGGGGAAACCUGGCGCUGAACACGCUGCAGCCCGGCAUCAGCCUUGGCAUGGCCACUACAAUGGAGGUUUUCCUCACCCUUCAGCUUGUCGUCUGCAUCUUCGCUGUGACAGACGAGAGGCGCAACGGACGCCUGGGCUCUGCUGCUCUGGCCAUCGGCUUCUCUGUGCUCAUGGGGCAUCUUCUUGGGAUGUACUACACUGGAGCAGGCAUGAAUCCAGCAAGGUCCUUCGCCCCAGCUGUCCUGGUCAGGAACUUUGUCAACCACUGGGUGUACUGGGUGGGGCCGAUGAUCGGUGGCGCCAUGGGUGCCCUGCUGUAUGACUUCAUGCUGUUCCCUCGUAUGCGCGGCCUCUCCGAGAGGCUCGCCACGCUGAAGGGCACUCGGUCCCCAGAGGCAGAAGGCCAGCAGGAGACCAGAGGAGAGCCCAUCGAGCUCAAGACGCAGGCCCUAUAAGCCUGGAGUAGGAGAUCGGCUUUCUGACCCCCUCCUCUCCCCCUCUCCCAUCCCUCACCCGUCACGCCUUCACUCUGCACCCUCAGUUCCUGGUCCAUCCUCAGCCCACACACUGUUUUUGCACACAUACCUCCUCCCCGCCUCCAAAUAUGCUAACACAGAUCCCCAACACCUUUGUUAUCCUUUUGUUCUGCAUCCAGAACUGGACCUACUGCAUCACAGUGAAGGGGCACCCGCAGCCCCCCGACCACCUUUCCUGAUCUCACCUCUACCCCCUCCUCC